AUGAAGACCGAUGACGAGGUCGAGGCACACCGAGCAGUCACAGUUGGAGUGGAGGCAGAUGAGGCGGAGGAGAUGAAUGAUUCUGUCUCUUUGAUGAAUGUCACCUCGGGGCCCAUGACACCUGCUGACAGCUCCGGGCCUUCUGAUUGGCCGAGAGCAGCCCAGGUUCAGAGAGAGGCUAAUGGUUCUGAUGUGGACAACAAAUCACGCCAUGCAGACUACGCCCCCCAGCUCCAAAUAGAUCAGAUCGAGACAAUGUUGGCACUGGGGCUUUUUAUCCUGCCGCCUCCGAAGAAAUAUGACAUUGAAUCAGAUGCCGCUCGACUGGGUGUGUGCGCGGCCAUCUCUCCCUUCAUCUCCUCUUUCAUGCUUCACAUCCCUCACUUAGCCUAUCUCUCCCCUCCUCCCAAAGCUUCCUCGCUCGCCCGCCCAUGUCCUUCCUCUUGA